UCUAUUCCCACCUCCAUGGCCCACUCCUGGAAUUCCACACCACCCGCCCCGGUCCCAGGAGCCCCUCCACGGAGCCCAUCCCAGGGGCUUGUGCAGGAUGUUAAUGGGCCCCCAAGAGAGCUUCGCCCUAGGCUCUGCCACCUUCGAAAGGGCCCUCAGGGUUAUGGAUUCAACCUGCACAGUGACAAGUCCCGGCCAGGACAGUACAUUCGCUCAGUGGACCUGGGCUCGCCUGCCGCCCACUCUGGCCUCCGUGCCCAGGAUCGACUCAUUGAGGUGAAUGGUCAGAAUGUGGAGGGGCUGCGCCAUGCAGAGGUGGUCGCCAGCAUCAAGGCACGAGAGGAUGAGGCCCGGCUACUAGUGGUGGACCCCGAAACAGACGAGUAUUUCAAGAGGCUGCGGGUCACACCCACUGAGGAGCACGUGGAAGGUCCACUGCCAUCACCUGUCACCAAUGGGACCAGCCCUGCCCAGCUCAAUGGUGGCUCACUGUUCUUGUCCCGAAGCGAUCUGCCCGACUUAGACAAGGGCAAUGAGGUAGCCAAUGUCCACUCCACCUGGAAGCACGACCCUUUUCAGGAGAGUGGCCUCCACCUGAGCCCCACGGCGGCUGAGGCCAAGGAGAAGGCGAGAGCCACCCGGGUCAACAAACGGGCGCCACAGAUGGACUGGAACCGGAAGCGUGAGAUCUUCAGCAACUUUUGAGCCCCUCACUACAUUUGCUGGACCCGGGCCUCCAACCUGCACGGACUUUUGGGCCUCGCCCCUUGGGCCCAGACCAGAGCUCCCCAAGCCUCAGUGGACUGGAGGAGGUGCAUCCUCACCCCCAGAAGCCAUGGUGGUCCCACCACCACCCAGGAACCAAUCCACAUCCCAGUGAGUCCCCGUCCUGAUCCCCCCACCCCUGGGUGCUGGGGGAACGCGGCAGCAAGAUUGGGGAGAGGGAGCCCCCAGUAUGAGACAUUGAAAGAGGGAGAGGCAGCGGUGACCCUAGGGGCCGGGGCCCUCGAAGCUCUGCCCGGGCCUGCUGACUUAAAGGAAUUUGUGGUUUUGCUUUUUUUCCAAAAAGAGCUCCAGCUCCACACAUGUUUCCACUUAAUACCAGAGUCCCCGCCCCCGCCAGGACGUGUUCUCUAAAUAAUUGCAAUAAAACAAACCUUUCUCUACAAACCAUUUCCUCCCCACCCCUUCCUCCUCCUCCUUGGCAGCAGCCAUCGGGUGGGAGUUCCAGGGGCUUCCUGGGAUGGAGUGGGGUGGGCAGGCUGCUUGAGGGGCUUCAGGUGUGGCUGGGGAGGCCAGAUGUGUCCCUUCCCCUCAGCCCCAUCUUUACCUUCUCUGGCGUGUGGGUUCACUAGGUCAGACCCCCUAUGUCCCCGCCAUACCAGGGGUCUGGGUUGCAGGGCCUGGGCUCUCUCAAGGGCCUGAGGAUGGAGGCCCCCUGCCCCUGAACAGGGCAGCCUCUGGACAGGCCCCUUGUUCCUGUGCCACAGCCCCCAGGCUUAGGGAGCGUGGCUGCACGAGAGCCUACCCCAGGGGUGACUCCAGGCUUUCGGCUUGGCCCCCACCUGGAGCCCUCCCCCAGUAGACCCUGACUCUGCCCGGAAACCCAUCGACAUUGCUGUCUGCCCUGUAAGCCAUAGCACAUCUGUGCCCUUGGAAUAAACAGGACUUCUUCAGA